GGUCACGUGGGAGAGGCCGCGCUCGCGCCCAGGAAAUGGCACUUUGGCGGGCCUACCAGCGGGCUCUGACUACUCACCCGUGGAAGGUACAGGUCCUGACAGCUGUUUUACUGUCUAUGGAUGUAUCCUCAAACAAUAUACUAAUCGAGGAUUUAUUAUUGCUCUAAAUCCAGUGAUUGAGUAGCGACCUCACAAAGGGUCUCUGAUGGGCCUGGGUGACGUGAUCUCACAGCAGCUGGUGGAGAGGCGAGGUCUGUGGGCACAUCAAGCUGGCCGGACCCUGACAAUGGCCUCCUUGGGCUGUGGCUUCGUGGGCCCUGUGGUAGGAGGCUGGUACAGAGUUUUGGACCGGCUCAUUCCUGGCACCACCAAGGUAGAUGCACUAAAGAAGAUGCUGCUGGAUCAGGGGGGCUUUGCCCCAUGUUUUCUGGGCUGUUUCCUCCCACUGGUUGGGACCCUCAAUGGACUGUCAGCCCAGGACAACUGGGCCAAACUCCAGCGGGACUUUCCUGAUGCUCUCAUCACCAACUACUAUCUCUGGCCUGCCGUGCAGUUGGCCAACUUCUACCUGGUUCCUCUUCAUUACAGGUAUGGCAGAUCCCCACCCCACGCUUCAAGGGGAAGAUGCAUAUUACAAACAGAGACAAAGUUGGCUGUGGUCCAGUGUGUUGCUGUUAUCUGGAACUCCUACCUGUCCUGGAAGGCACACCGGCUCUAAGUCGGCUUCACUCCGUCACUUCCAUCUUGUAGUGAUGCACCUUGACCCUGGAAGGAUCGUACCACCUCUUCAAAGUGGGCACAUUGGUCUUCACAGGGUUCGGUGGCUGGUCAGAACUUAAUGGGGUUAGCACCCUGAAAUGGCCCAUUUCACUCUAAAAUGUAACCUGACUCCUAUUGAAAUGGCUAAAACACACCACACAGUAGGCACUCCAUAAAUAUUUGUUGAAACAUCAUUUUGUCAACUUUAGAUUAUACGCUCAUCCUGGCAGAUGCCACUUUUCCCCAGUCUUCAUAGACAGCUGUUUUCCUAACCCUUCCCAGCCUCAGUGUAGCUCCAAUUUGGGGGACAUCCCCUCAAACUCUCUAUGGGGUGCCUCUAUAAAUAUAUUUCUAAAUAGGUAAUGUGGAAGCUGCAGAGGCAAUGAGUAAGACCCAGCAGAAAAUGACUGGGGAGUCUCAUUUUCCAGGGUUUGGAAAGAAGUCUGGAGACCCCCAAACCCCAAUCUUCUAUUACAGAUGAGGACACUGAGGUCCGUAGAAGUAAAGUGACCUGUCCACACUGUGAGUUAGUGGCAGAGUAGAAACACAAACAUGUGCUAUCAUCAUUUGAAUGUUUGUAUCUCCCCAAGUUCAUAUGAUGAAAACCUAAUGCCCAAGGUGAUGGUAUCAGAGGUGAGACCUUUGGGAAGUGAUUCGGUCAUGAGGGUAGGGACCUGGUGGGGUCUGUAUGCUUACAAAAGAGGCCACCUGAGAAGACAGGAAGAAGCAGGUCCUCAGUGGACAGUAAACCUACUGGUACUGUGAUCUUGGACUUCCUGGCCUCAAGAACUGUGAUGAAAUAAAUGCUUGUUGUUUAUAAG